GAAACGGGGACGCCUUUUGUUAACUGCAGAAAUACUGGGGAGAGUUUAUGUUUCUACAAAAAUUUACAACAUUUUCACUCUUUCACUGUUAAUUUUUUACACAACCAGUUUACCCAAAUGGAACUAUUUCCUGGUGCCGGAGAUAAAGCAGUACCUGUUAAAAUAACUGUAAUACGGGGAAAUAACCUGAGAAGCAACAAGGCUGAGUCUCUCCUGAACUAUGUGAGGGCUGAGUUCAAUGGUAUGGUCCUGGGAGAUUCCCAGAAGCUGGAUGUUGCAGUGGAUCAGGGUGUUGACUACAACUUCACCUGCAGCUUUGAGUGCUCCGAUGCUGUCCACACACUAGAUGACGUGGCACACAAACCUGUAAUAUUGACAGUGAUGGAGAUCCUCCCUAAGGAGAAGAAGCAGAAGGAGGAGAAGACUGCCAUUCUAGGGCAAGCAGUAGUUGACCUGUUACCGCUCUUGCAUGGUCAGUGCAGCUUCUCGUCCACUGUGAUACUUCAUCCAACCACCGGCUCACCUGUGGAGACAGCCUUUCAAGAGAGUAGCAGCAAGCCAUCUCUGGACGUGGUCAUCUGUGUUCCAGAGCCUUUGCUCUCUGGCCUCCAGCUGUCUGACUCCAACCUGCUGAUGGUCACCGUGGAGACCGCUUACUCAGUCCCGGAGGUGUGGCUUCCAGCCUCGGGGUCUGGGGCUCCGUCCAGCUACGUGGCUGCCCUGCCAAUCCCCCUCACAGCCGAGAAGGAGCAGGUGCUGAUGUUCUCCAAUGGGAUUCUGAAGGUGGGUGGAGAAAGGGAAGCCGUGGGCAGACCUAGGAAAUGGCCUAUGCGUUCCCUGUUGGCACCUGGAGCUCACUUCAUACCAGGCGUCUUCAUAGAAGGAGAGCCUACAGACAUGGUGUAUGGGGAUCUCACCAGCAUUGAGGACAGGGAUUUCCGGAAUGACGCAGAGACCAAUAAGAAAAGAGUGUGCUGGGACACUGAGCGACGUUGCUUUCUGGAUGCAGGGGGUGUAGCCUGUUUGACCCGUAGGAUAGCAGAAAACAGACUGUUGCCAGUGGAAGUCAUGAGGUCACUGCAGGUUGGAGUCACAAAGGGAGGAAAGGCUGGCAAAGACAAGGCAGCAGAGGAGGACAGCCAAAUCUCUUUCCAUGGCGUUGCGUACGUGGACAUGGGUCCCCUGCUCUACCCCGGGACAAGGCGUAUCCGAGGGGCGUACCAAAUCUACCCCUUCUAUGACUCUGACCUGCAGCUCAAGGCCAAGAGGAACGUCAGCAUCCUAAAGGAGAGCAUCGGGGCUCUGCCAAACCAGUGCAGAGAGAGGGCCCCCUCCUCUGUCGGCUCCUGCAAGAUGGCACCCAGUAAAGUCUUCGACGGCAGCCACAAGGGCAGUAAGGAGUCCAAGGAAUCGCCCAAAAAGCCUGGCACACAGGGGAAGUCAGCACCUGCUGGCACUGAUAGUGUGAUGCUGUCUGAAAUGGACCAGCAACAAAUGAAUGCAGAGGGCCAGAUGUAUGCAGAUUCCAGAACCUACAUCAUUAUUGAAAUCGCUCUGGAGAAGUCACUGGUACCUAAGAGACCACCAGAGGAGCUGGCCAAAAGGGUGAGGGAGUUGAUACCUGCUAGGCCUCCCUUUCCUCACCGACCAGCUGGAGCAGAGAGGGCUGUGCAGGAGUACCAGGCCCAGGUUGCCAGUGUGGUGGGCCAGGUGUUGGAACAGUACCAGCAGCUGUUUGGGCCUGCCUUUGAACCAGGGGGGGUGCCCCUGGACCCCACCACCCAGGAACAGCGCAAGACCCAGCUCCUGGGAGAGCUCAACUAUUCUGGGAAGUAUUUUGCUUUCAAGGAGCAGAUGAAGUAUUCUGUGGUGCGUAUCGUGAGGGAGAAGAUGCUGCGGACUGAGGCCUUCUCUGAUCCUCAACAACUGCAGGCGUUCCUCAGCCAGCUCUAUGUAUUCCUGGUGGACGAAAUGCACGUUGCCCUAAACAAGACGUUGUCAGUGGAUUCCCAGGAGGCUCAGCCUCGCCCCCUGCUGGACUGUGCCCAGCUCCUCCACUUUGCCAAGGAGGCCCAGCUCAAUCAGGACUACCAGCUAGCUACUCAGUACUACCAGGAGCGACUUAGUCGUGACCGAGCCAACCCGGCCCAUUGGUUUGACUACGGUGUGUUUUACAUGAUGACGGCUGAUUACCAGAAGGCUGACGAGUGCUUCCACUAUGCCGUGUCCAUAGAUCAGACUCACCUUCCCAGUUUGGUGAUGUCUGGUGUCCUGGCCGAGAUGGACGGACGGAAAAAGGACGCAGAGACAUUCUUCGAGGGAGCCACUUGUGUGGACCCAUCCAAUGUGAUGGCCUGGACUCUGUUUGGCUUGUUCCACGAGAGCCAAGAGAACUCCAUCCAGGCAGAAAUGGCCUUCCUGGAGGCCAACAAGCACUUGAGGGGCACCGUUGGGCUCACUCCACCAUGUGGGGUGGAGACGGAGGCUGAGCCACCGAUCCCGGGGGAGGAGGAGCCAGUCGUUGCAGGCACUGAGUCACCCACCAACAAGACAGAUGUGGAGGGAGACAAAGUAGGAAGUGUGGGGACUGGGUCUCAGAGCAGCCAGGGCAGCAGACCAGGGGAUGGAUAUGUGGCAUGUGCUGACCCUAAUGCUAGGCAUCACCUAACAACCCCCGUCUGGUUGAACACCACCAUCUACAUGGAAACGGUGCAGUUUCUCUUGCAGAACAACGCACUACAGAUGGCCCAGAGAGCCCUGGCCCAUGAGGUCUUGUCUCCUGAGGGGGGUCUGAGCAGCUCCUACCACCUGGCCCUUGCUCGACUGCACCUGCUCAGGGCAGAGUACGGCAGUGCCGAGUACAACCUGAAGGAGGCACUCAAGGACAGCUUUCAGGACCCUGAUCUGUGGGCAUUGUAUGGUCAUCUGCACUACCUGACAGGGGAGUACGGAAAGGCUCAGAACUGUUACGAGAGGACCCUGGACUUUGUGACGGACACUGCGGAGACACACCCCGUCUUCCUGCGCCUGGGCUCCAUCUAUCUGCAGAAUGGGGAGUUUGAGCAGGCGAAAACAACUUACUUGCGUGCCUGCAUAAGCACCCCCUCCUGCCUCACUUGGCUGGGACUUGGAAUCGCCUGUUACCGGCUAGGGCAGCUAACUGAAGCAGAGGACGCCCUGACAGAGGCCAACACCCUGAACAACGAGAACGCUGAGGUGUGGGGUUACCUUUCUCUGGUUUGUCUACAGUCGGGCCGAAGACUUGAAGCAGAGCAAUCCUACAAGUAUGCCUUGAAGUUGAACCUACAGGAGCCAGUUCUGUGUGAGAUCAAGGCACUCCAAGAUGAAGUUGGCUUUGGAAACCCAUGUUUCUAGAAAAACAGCAGGCAAUGAUUUAUAUUCAAAAGCUUUUACGAAUUGUAUUUCUAAUUUGCAAAACCUAAUAUUUAGCUGUUAUUUCUGUAAGGUCUACAUUAUUGACUUGUGCACUUGUCCUCAUAUUUUACAAUUUUGGAUUAAACAUUCUUACUUUUAUGCAUAAUGUCUGAAAAUAUUUGCACACUGUCUUCAAACCAGAAUGCAGGUGACAUGUUUGCAUGUUUCUGCUGAAUGUGUUCUGAGCUGGUAGGGUGGGUAAAACUGGGGGUGUUGCCAUUUUUACAACCGAACACCUCUCAAUCGGUCAAGCCUUCCGUUAGGAAACAACUGUCAGGUUACCAUUAUAGGUGUAUAUCAUCUACCCUCUGCUUUACACUUUUAUGUGACUCGUUUGCACAUCUAGAAUGCCAUUUAGAAAUUGCCAUUUGGACCCAAACAACUAUUAUUCCACUUGUAACAUACACUAUACCUAAUACUUGUAAAAUUCUGCCCUCAUUUAUUUGUCUUAAUGGCACAUUUAGUAUUGCAUUUGCACUGCAUUUGCCUUCAUUACACAUCUGCACAUUCCACUUAAUACUUAUACAUAUUUUUGCUCUUCUGGUUAGAUGCUAACUGCAUUUUGUUGUAUUGUACCUGUACUGUUCAAUGACAAUAAAGUUGAAUCUAAUCUAAGAUAGGUAUGCUAAAUCCGCUAACCAACCUAUUAACCUAAUUUACAUAGUCAGAUCAUCCUUGGACAUUUUAACCUGGACUGUACAACGUAUGAUUCCGAAAAUAUAAUGGCAGGCCAUACUUUUGAUAAAACAUCCUUGCCCUAUACCGAAAUAAAAGAGGAAUACAUUUUUGGAUAUUUAUGGAACCCUCAUGAAACCCUAUGUUGUUGACAGCCAACAUUUUUCACUUAGUCUGUUCAUGGAAAAAGAACCUGCUAU